GGGAACAGCAGGAGGAGGAGGGCGGGAAAUGAAGCGGGGAGGACGGACACAUUCCGGGAGCAGCAGGCGGAGCUGGAGGAGAAGCUGAAGGAGACACCGGGAAGCUGCUGAGGGAUCUCUGACAGUCAUGGAAAAUGUGGCGGUUCAGCAACACAGAGCAGAAGAACCACAGCUCGCCUUAGUGUGAGAGUUGAGUUUGCCUCCAGGUUUUCGGUUUGACACGAGGGUAAAAGUAGAAAUCAAUGAGUUCUGCGGAGGAGCGACGCAAUGUUGGAGCAGGACACAGGAAUGGAGGCGCUGCGGUUAAAGGAUUUGCCCACAAACGCUGUUUUCUGGAUCCAUCCCUAAAUGAUUCACUGGAGGGAGAUGUUCAGGCUUUCCUCACUGAUGAAGAUCAACUCCACACUUAUGAUGACCUCACUAAAGUCAAUCCUGUGACCCCUACAACAGUGCUGAAAUGCCUGCAGGCGAGGUACAGAGUGAAGGUGUUCUACACAAAUGCAGGCUGUACUUUGGUGGCUCUGAACCCCUUCCAGCCAAUCCCAGACCUCUACUCUCUGGAUGUGAUGAAGGAGUAUCACUCUGCUGCUCAGCCUCAGGAGUACAAACCACACAUCUUUAUUGUGGCAGAAGAAGCCUACAGGAAUGUUCGGGGUCAGCUGGAGCCAGUAAACCAAUCCUUGGUGGUCAGUGGGGAGAGCGGUGCUGGAAAGACGUGGACAUCUCGUUGUCUAAUGAAAUACUACGCCACUGUGGCAGCCUCCUCCUCAGUGGUGAAGAGUCAGAACACAGUGGAAAGGAUAGAGAGGAGGGUGCUGGACUCCAACCCCAUCAUGGAAGCAUUUGGCAAUGCCUGCACGUUAAGGAACAACAACAGCAGUCGCUUUGGAAAAUACAUCCAGCUCCAGCUAGACAGGUGUCAGCUGUUGGUGGGGGCAUCUGUGCAAACAUACUUGCUGGAGAAGACCAGGGUGGCCUGUCAACCGGCCAACGAGAGGAACUUCCACAUCUUUUACCAGAUGAUGAAAGGGGCCACAGAUGAGCAGAGAAAGGAGUGGAAGAUGCCACAUGGUCAAAGAUUUGUAUGGCUGCCGAAGGCUGAAAUAACAGUCGAGGAGGAUUGUUUCCAUGAGACUGUGGAGGCAAUGGUUCACCUGGGCAUUAAUAAAGAAAGACAGAGACAAAUAUUCUGGAUAUUGGCAGGGCUUCUGCAGCUGGGGAAUGUGAAUUUCUCUUCUUCAACGGAUGAAUCACAACCUUGUGACAUAGAAGAACAGUCUCAAGACUUCCUGCAGAGGUCUGCUGAGCUGCUGUGUGUCCCUGCUGUGGAGCUUCAGAGGUGUUUAAGAGUGAAGACUCUGAAGGCGGGGAAGCAGAGUGUGCUCAAGCCUUGCCCCCAGGCAGAGUGCAACAUGAGGAGAGACUGUCUGGCCAAGGUCAUCUACGCCCAUUUAUUUGAGUGGCUGGUUACAUUCAUCAACAACAGCAUAUGUGCGGACAAAUCCACAUGGUGCAACUUCAUAGGGGUCCUAGAUGUGUACGGGUUUGAGUGUUUCCAGGUCAAUAACCUGGAGCAGUUGUGCAUCAACUACGCCAAUGAGAAACUGCAGCAGCACUUUGUGGCCCAUUAUCUCAGAGCUCAGCAGGAGGAAUAUGUGUCAGAGGGGCUGCAGUGGUCCUUUGUCAAAUACCAAGACAACCAGAGCUGCCUGGAUCUUAUAGAGGGAAGUCCAGUCAGUGUUUUCUCUCUUCUGAAUGAGGCGAGUCGUCUUAAUCGAACCUCAGAUGCCAAGACAUUCAGGGUUCGUUUGGAGAAAGAGCUCUGUGAUAACGUCAACAUCAGCUGGGACAAGUUCAGCGAGGUGCCACACUUCACUGUGGCCCAUUACGCUGGCAAAGUCAACUACCAGAUCCAGGGCAUGGUGGAGAAAAACAAGGACCCAGUGCCACCAGAGCUUAUCGGCCUGCUUCAGAAGUCUGGAAACUCCCUGCUUCACCUAAUGUUCACUGAUAAUGAAACUGAGAACCUGACCACCAAGGGACUCAGUAAAGUCACAGUGGUUUCCAAGUUCAAGAACUCUCUGGAGAGCCUAAUGAAGAUCCUCCACAGCACAACCCCUCAUUACACCCGCUGCAUCAAACCAAACCCGAACUGCAAGCCGCUGACCUUCCAGAAGGAGGAGGUUGUCAUGCAGUUGGAGGCUUGUGGGAUUGUGGAGACCAUACACAUCAGUGCUGCCGGUUUUCCAAUAAGAAUUCCUUUCAGCAGCUUCAUCCAGCGUUAUGGGCUGAUUGCAAAGUAUUCAAAGUUCUCCUCAGAGAUUUGUUGUGUUGAUUCGGACGCUGACAACAGUGACGUGCUUCAUCAAGAGGUGGAGAAGCUGCUCAGGGUGGUGUCACAGGACCAGGCUUUAGACCCCUCACACAGGGAAAAACACUAUUCAUGGGUGCACUGUGGAAGGACUAAAGUUUUUCUCACCCAGACCAUGCUAGAUUUGCUAGAGGGUCAGAGGAAGAAGAUCCUGUCUCAGUGCGCCUUCUCCAUUCAGUGCUGCUGGCUGCGGUACCAGCGACGCAGACGCCACGUCUGUCAAACAUCUGCUACUCUGAUCCAAGCAGCGGUGCGGUCCUGGCUGGUCAGGAGGCAGAUCAGGAGGUGGAACAGAGCAGCUGCAGUCAUCCAGAACACCUGGAGGAAGUGGAGGGAUAUGUUAACGUCCUUGGCUGAGGUAGAACUUGAUGACGCUAAGGACCUUGUGGAAGACGAUGUGCCAACAUUGAAUAUUAGCCAACGGGGCUCGGUGCAGCUCUCUACCAUCCAAGAGCCUGUCACAGUGCGAGGGUGGCCCAUGGGCCUGGCUCUAGCUUCAGCCCCAUCCAUCACUGUGUCUCUGACUGCCACAGGCUUCCAGAAGAUGAUAUCGAUGAUUGCCUCUCUCAACCUGCCCUCCAAAAGAGGGGAGUACAAAGUGGAGACCAACCAGUACACGCAGGGGCUCGCCUCGAUACGGGCUCAACCGAAGGGAUCUGUAAAGCUACACUACCGUCGAUCUCCACUUCUCUACGCCGACAGGCAACCAGACCUAAAGUGUGACGUGACAGGGUUCAAUGAGAUCCUGCUGGAGAAAACGUUGUAGGUGUUCCCUCUUUGCAGAACACUAAAUCCUGAUUUCAUGCAUCACUUGACACAGUGGAAUCAAACCUGGUAUUUUAUGCUGCCAUUUGCAUGUUUUUGUAACUGAGAAGAGUAAGAUUUUUUAAGGCUGCCAAAGUUUAUCGUCCUUAGUGGUACACAAGGGUGAAGAGACCUGCACCUUUGAAUAAUGAAUAUUUUGUAUCUUAAUAGGUCAGGUAAGGUACUGCAGUGUGCUACAAACUUGACCUUAUCUGUCAUCCUGUGGCUUUUAGACCCCUGAACAUUAAACAUCUCAGUCAGUCGAUAAAUACUGCCCUCUGCUACAUUUGAGAUGAGGCAGAUGAAAAGAUGUUAACCUCUGUUGGUGCGUGGCCCACAUGUUGAAAAAAAAUCAUAUUUUUGUCUCAAGAUCACCAUCACAGCACAUUUAAGAACUGGACUGCAUUAUUGCAUCUUUAGAUUAUCUGAUAAGUGAUCCAAGUAUUAAACUUUGGACAAGUGCCUUUUUUUUAAAUCUACUCUCAAAUGAUUUAAGUGCUGUUAGUAUAUAUAUUUAUUUUAAGGUGAUUAUUUAUGGGAUUUUAUAGAUUUAUUUUGGGUGUAAGAAAAGUGGUGAUGCAGCUGCACUAUUGACGAUUGCAGAUGUUGACUUCCAGCACUCAUUUUGACAGUGGCUGGUGCUGAGGAAAAUGUUAAAUACAAAAGUAUUGCACAUGUAUUGCACAUAUUGUACAACCACACACGCUCACAUACUGACAAAGAAAAACAUUAACAAGCAAAACAUCACUUAUGAGACUGAGAAAGGAUGAACCCAGGUUUAUUCAUAUUGCUGCUGUUUGAUAGUCUUUAUAAUAUGCACAUGAAAUGUUGGACCAAACUUUAUUUGUUGAUUUUUGUCAGCUGCAUCCCAAAGGAAUGUAUGUAUGAUUUAUCAUAGUCUUUGUACACUAAUGUUUGUGUGGGAACAAACUUAUUCACAAUCAUGAAAACAUUUUUUUUUUUAUGCAACUAUACAUGAUGCUAGAAUAGUAACACUGAUGUUCAUCCAUACUUUUGAUCAAACACAUCUUUCUAUUCAAACAAGCUUUUCGUAGACAUUCGUAAUGUCCUGCUGUAGAUUCAUGUAACAGCAUCUGGGUCAUUAUUUUCUGUUUAAUCUGUUUUUGUCAGGGCUCCAUGUAAAAGACUUGAAUUUUGUUGAUACCUAAAUUAAUGUUAUGCAAAAAUAAAUAUCAGUGUUAUGAAAUACUGUACAAAAUGUCAUGUCACAAAGUA